AUGCAGAACAUCAAACGAUUUGAUGCAUAUCCAAAAAUUAAUAGUAAUAAUAGAGUAAAACAUUGGAUAGGAGGAUUAUUAUCAAUAGUAUGUAUUAUUACUAUGAUUUGGAUGUUUUCAUCUGAACUUAAUGAUUACUUUACUAUUCGAAAAAAACCAGUUCUUCGAGUCGAUGAAUCAAAAAAUAAAAAAUUACCAAUUAAUUUUGACAUUACUUUUCCUCAUUCAGCAUGUUCUUUUACAUCAGUUGAUGUCUUAGAUACUACCGGAGAAGUUAUAAUUGAUAUAUCAAAAAAUAUCAAAAAAGAAAGAUUAAAUCUUGUCAAUGAAGAUGAGAUAAGUAAAAAAAAAUUUGCUAAAACAGUUUAUGGAACUGAAUGUCCUCCUUGUAAUAAUGAAAUUGAUAAAGAUAAAUGUUGUUUUACUUGUGAAGAAUUAACAGAGUCUUAUCAAAAAUUAAACAAAGAAGUUCCUAAAGGAUCACCACAAUGUGAAAUAAAGAAUAUUCAUAAAAUGACAACAUUUUAUAAUGGAGAAGGAUGUAGAAUUUCUGGAACUGUUUUUGUUAAUAGAGCUAGUGGUAAUUUCCAUAUUGCACCAGGAAGUAGUCAACAGUUAACACAAGAGCAUAUUCAUUCAGUUGAUUGGAUUUCAGGAGGAAUUAACUUAACUCAUACAUGGAACUUUUUAUCAUUUGGAGAUUCAUUUCCAGGAAUGAUUAAUCCACUGGAUGGAAUUGUUAAAGUUGAUAGAACAAAUAAUUCAAUGUACCAAUAUUUCGUUCAAGUAGUUCCUAUGACAUAUACUUCACUUGACAAUAAAGUAAUUAAUACAAAUGGUUAUAGUGUUACUGAACAUUAUAGACCGGGUAGUUUAAAAUCACCUGAACAAGGAAUUCCAGGAGUGUUUGUUAUAUAUGACAUUUCAUCAAUUGAGGUGUUAUACUUUGAAGAAAAAAAUUCAUUUGGACAUUUAUUAACAAGUAUUUGUGGAAUUAUAGGAGGGGUUUUUGCUUUAUUUAGUUUAUUAGAUUAUUUUAUAUUUCAUGUCUAUCAUUCAGAAUGA